CUUGUCACUGUCAUCAACAUUUUCAAUCAACAUCAACAAUUGACUUAAUUCAACAAAUAUACGUACUAGUUAAUUUAUUUAGUUUCAAUAUGAUAUUACAAUACCUAAUCAGUCUGUGAAUAUACAAGCAACUUGAUUGAUUUUAUAUCUAUACGACGUGGUUGCCUAGUUUUCAUCUGAUUGUCAUAAGAGUAUCACGUUGAACUGUCUCGUAGUUUUUAUUAGAAAAGCCAGAAAGCAAGAACAGUAAUUCUAAAAUGCUGAGGACUUCUGAGUGCAACAGUGAACAGAACGUGAAUGCAGACGGCUACAGGCUUAUCACAAAUGAAAAUAAACCGCCGGACAUUAAAUAUUCGAAAGAAAAUUCAUGGGUAGCUGGUGUACAAAUGUUUGUGUCCUUUUUACUCGCCGGCUUUGGUAUGGUGGCGGCCAGUUUGUUGCUAGACUUGGUGCAGCACUGGGAUGUUUUCAAGCAAGUUUCAGAAGUAUAUAUAUUAGUACCAGCUCUUCUUGGGCUGAAGGGUAAUUUGGAAAUGACAUUAGCAUCACGAUUAUCUACCAAUGCCCACUUAGGUCAUCUUGAAACAAGUUUAGGAACAUUAAUCAUUGGCAAUUUAUGUUUAAUUCAAUGUCAAGCUAUACUUGUGGGUUUCUUAGCAGCAAUGGCAGCAGUUGCUAUGGGUUGGAUUCCUUAUGGAGAAUUUGAUAUUCACCAUGCUUUGUUACUGUGUGCAUCAAGUGUCCUUACAGCUUCAUUUGCUAGUUUAGUUCUUGGUCUUAUCAUGAUUGGUGUUAUAGUUAUUUCAAGAAAGUUGUAUAUAAAUCCAGACAAUAUUGCAACUCCAAUAGCAGCUAGUCUAGGAGAUUUAACAACCUUGGCAUUAUUAUCUUGGAUAGCUUCACUGUUAUAUUCAUCUAUUGGCACUAGUGUAAUAUUACCAUCUAUUAUUAUAAUUGUUGGCGCAAGUCUUGUCCCAGUGUGUGGUUAUAUAGCAUGGAAAAACAAAUUUACUAAACAGGCAUUGGAUGAAGGAUGGGUGCCUGUAGUGUCUGCUAUGGUUAUAAGUAGUGCUGGAGGUUUAAUUCUGGACUAUACAGUAUCUAAAUACAAAGGUGUUGCUGUAUUCCAGUUGGUAAUAAAUGGUAUUGGUGGCAACAUGGUUGCAGUUCAUGCUUCCAGGUUGUCAACAUCCUUACACACAGGUCAAAAAGAAAAUUCAGUGUUAGGCAAAACAACGAAAUUGUUAUUAUUAAUGGUCAUACCUGGCCAACUAAUAUUUCUGUAUACAAUAGGUUACUUAAGGGCAGGUCACACAUCUUUAACUCCUGUAUUUAUAUUGGUAUAUAUGUCAGCAGCUUUGCUGCAAGUAUUCUUAUUAUUGUCAAUAAGUCACUAUAUGGUGUUAUGGAUGUGGAAAUUGGGAAUGGAUCCUGACAAUUCAGCAAUACCCUAUUUAACUGCACUUGGUGACUUACUUGGUACAGCAUUUUUAGGUGCUGCCUUCAUUGUACUUGAUGUUAUAGGGGACAAAGAUAGUGACCUAGGCGACUGAAAGUUAUUUAUAUGUUAAUAAAAGUUUUAUGUUAAGAAAACCUAGUAAAUAAUUCUGUUAUUACUAUUGAAACAUAAUAAAAUUAUUUUGUUGUAUCUGUCCUCAAUAUCUUUUAAUUAAAACUUAAUAUGUGCAAGUCAAAGAUAUGAGUGAAGUGCCGAUUAAAGUUUUGUCCAAAAUAUUAUAUAAACUUUUCUGUUUCAAUUUGACAUUGUCAUUAAUAUUGUGAUUAAGGUAGCAGGUACUAUCCUUAAUUUAUACUAUUUCAUAAAUUCCAUAAAAAUGUAAUAACAACAAAAGACAGAAGAAUUAUUGAAUGUCCAGUGCCAUUUGGUUUUAUGUAUAAUUUGAUAUAUUAAUGGUCUCAUAUUUUACUUAAUGGCUGUUAUAUACAGUACAUGUUUUCUUUAUUAUGUACUGAUAGAAAUAUUGAGAAUAAUAAAAUUAUUACUUGAUUCAUGCAAUUUACAUGCAUAGUUUAUAGUACUUAAGACAUAGUCAAAUAUAUUUUGUGUAUUUAGGUACUAACUCAAAGUAUUUUAUUGCCACUACAUGUUUAGUUCUGUUGCUAAUUUUAAAAUAUUUAGUUAUAAAACUGGUCAUCUUUCAUAAUUUUUUUUUUUGUAUAUUCUUGCUCAAUGUAAUACUAUGACUAAGUACAUAAGAGAUAUCUAAAUAUAUAUAUUGGUGCUAAAUAAUAUUUUAGAUAACUAUAUUUUUAUAUGAAAUUGUGAUGCACUAGUAUCAACAGACUAGCAUAUAUUCGAAUAAAUAUAUUACUGUAAUAAA